AUGGGAAUGGCUGUGGAAGGGGUCACUCCAACUGAAGGUCACCUGCACGGGAUAGAGAUCUUGUCAGGUUUCAUGCUCUUUCUGUUACAGUGUCUUGAGUCCUCAGUGUACUGGCCAACAAAAAGAGGCAUCACCAUCUAUGCUGAUCCAGAUAUACCAGGAGCAAGUGCUUUAAGUCAGAAGUCAAAUGAGAAGUCACUUCGACUGGCUGAGAAAAAAAACUAUGAUGAGAAAAAUGGCUGUGUGAAAUUACUGCAGUUUUUAAAUCCUGAUCCUUUGAGAGCUGAUGGAAUCUCUGAUCUGCAGCAGUUGCAGAAGCUGGCGUCGGGCACGCAGCAGCCUGUUGUGCUCCGGAACAAGAUCGAGCCCUGCCUGACCAUCGACAGGUCGCCACUGUCUGCAGACCUGAAAAAGAAGCUACUGAAAUUUGUUCUUCCUGAAAUCAGGACUCAGGUUGCAGACAAGGAAGCUUCCAGUGAGGUAGCUUCAUUCAUUUUCUCUUCUUCAUGGUGCUUUUUGGUUGGUUUUUUGCAGGCUCUUCAAAGAAAGAAGCUCCUGGGACCCAGCCACACUGAAUCGUACUCUUGGCCUCCCAUAGCGCGUGGCUGUGAUGUGGUUGUCAUUUCCCACUGUGGAAACGACCCCUUGCUGUACCUUCCACCAUUGCUCACAAUUUUGCAAAUGGGGGGCUGCUAUAAGUCAUUGCCAAGUAGAAAAGGACCUCUUGCCGUGGUCGUGUGUCCCGGAUGGAAGAAGGCCCAGUUAAUUUUUGAAGUGCUGGGAGACUACAACACAUCCUCCAGGCCCCUCCAUCCUGUGCUGCUGACAAUCGGCCUACACAAAGAUGAAGCUAAGAGCAUGAAGCUGCCACGUAGCUGUGAUGUGAUUGUGAGCACGCCACACAGCCUGCUGAGGCUCCUUGAGUGCCAGAGCUUGUUGUUCCUCAGGCUGUGCCACCUGGUUUUGGAUGAGGUGGAAGUGUUGUUCUCAGAAGCUAGCGAGCAAAUGUUUGCUAUUUUAGAUAACUUUAAAAAGCAUGUGGAGGUGGAGGAGCGGGAGUCUGCACCACACCAGGUCAUUGCAGUUGGCGCCCACUGGAGCAAACACAUAGAGCACCUGGUCCGGGAGUUCCUCUAUGACCCCUACAUCGUGAUCACCGCCCCAGAGGAGGCCGCACUCUAUGGCAACGUCCAGCAGGUGGUGCAUCUUUGCCUAGAAUGUGAAAAAACCUCUACUUUACUACAAGUUCUUGACUUUAUUCCAAGUCAGGCCCAGAAGACCCUGAUCUUUACCUCCUCUGUAGCCGAGACAGAAAUUGUGUAUAAGGGUUCUCCUGCAGAGCAGGGAGAUCAAAAAACCAAGUCUGUCCUGCUGCUGACGGAGAGAAACGCGACCCAGGCAGUGGGCGUCCUGCGCUACUUGGAGCGCGCAGAAGCCCACAUCCCAUCGGAGCUGUACGAGUUCUCUGCAGGGGUUCUGGAGGCCAAAGAAGACAAGAAAGCCCAGAGGCCACUCUGCCCCACUCUGAAGGCCUUCGGCUUCUGCAGAGACAAAAGGGUCUGUCCUGACCGACACCAUAUCAAUCCAGAAACAGACGUGCCAAGGACAUUGUCCAGCCAGGCUCUGCCAGAAGCUCACCUUGUGUUUUCUCCAUUUCAGAUGAUACCUUUUUAUAUUUCAAAUGCAACAAAUUACUGUGGCCGCAUCAUCGGUAAAUGUGUGGAUCUUUAUGCAAGUCUGAGUGCAGACAUGAAUGACUAUUUCAGGGGUUCCAGUAACAAAGCGACUGUUGAGACAGUGGAGAGAUUUGGACUGUAUGCAUUAGAAGAAAAAUCACUUUUUCACAGGGUUCAGGUGCUAGAGAUAAGCCAGAAGGAAGACACCUGGGGCCUGGAGAGCGUCCUUGUCAAGUUCCUUGAUGAAGGCAGGACCGGGCUCGUGGCCAGGGACCAGCUCUUGCCACUCCCAGAAAGCUUCCACAUGCUCCCUCCCCAGGCUGUGGAGUUCAUUGUGUGUAGAGUGAAACCUGCUGACAGUGAGAUGGAAUGGAAUCCAAAGGUUACUAGGUACAUUCACCAUAAAAUUGUUGGCAAAGUGCAUGAGGCAAAAGUGGUAUUGGCUUUGGGAAAUACUGUUUGGAUCGAUCCAAUGGUACAUGUAACAAAACUUGAAAAUUUGAAAACUUCUAUCAUUGAUUAUAAUGUUCGAGCUGAAAUUUUGUCCACGGGAAUGGGCACUGAUAAUUCAGAACAUGUAGAACAGCUGAGAAAGCUAUACAAAGGCGUGGGGAUGCCAGCUUUUCACGAGCACCUCGGCCAGACCACGAUGCCUCCCUCCACAGACGAUGGCCCUCCUCCACAGGACGCUCAGCAGGAGGACAGGGGUGCAGAACAGGGGGCCAGCUCCAAGCCGGACUCCAACGACCAGAGCCCCGGAACUGUAUCUGAAAACACCGGAGAUGGUUCCAUUGGCAGACCCGAACCGAGCCCUCUAAAAAGCUUCCACCCCCAAGUACAGUGGUUCCAAAAAGAUGAUGUCGUCAUCUUAAAGAUGCGAAUAAGGGACGUGAGAGAGUACAAAUGCAAAUAUUUCAGGGAUAGAGUUGUUUUCAGCGCCUGGGUGGGAGGCAAGUUUUACUUGGCGGAUAUGGAGCUGCAGGCCAACAUCAGAAAAGACGACUGCAAGUGCGUGCUCAUGAACGGCGAGCCUGUGCUCACUCUGGCCAAGGAGAGGAGGGAGUCCUGGCGGGGCUUGCUCAAGCAGAAGAAUCCCAAUGUGGCCUUUGACUUUGAUCACUGGGAGGAAGGUGACGAGGACAGCCCCUUCGCCAAGGUUGUCAGUUCUAAACGUGUGUCCGGCAAAGUGGCAGAGGUGGCUGCACACAGCAGCACGUCUUCAGAGGACGGCGGAAGCGAGAGCGAGUGA